AUGUGCACUUUGCCCUCGGUCGACCCCAAGUUCCUGCGCAACCAGCGCUACGCCAAGCACGGCUCCGAGAAGGCUCUCCGUGAGGCGCGUGCCGCCUCGGCCGGUGCGCCCGAGGACGACAAUACAACCGAAACGCCUACCGAUCUAGCGGCGGCGGCGCCAGAGAGCGUUCGUGCGCCGUGCGCCGACGUCCCGACGCCGAUCGACGUGCCUGCGCCGGCCGCGCCGACGCCGCUCCCGUCGACGUCCGCGCCGCGCGCCGACGCGACCAUCCGCGGGCGCAUUGUGUCUGCGCUCUCGUUCCUGACGCGCGAUGCGGACGAGAGCGAAGACGGCUACGACGACGCGCUGGAGCACAGUGGGUCGAGCGGCUCCUCUGCGUCGCUCCACCGCGCUGCGGUGCGGAGCGCCGGGCGCUGGGAGGCGGACCAGGAUGUGGAUGUGUGCCAUAAGUGCAAGCGGCGGUUCACCUUUUUCCUGCGCAAGCACCACUGCCGGCGCUGCGGCCGCAUCUUUUGCGAUGCGUGCACGUCGCAUCGUGCACACCUCGACGCCGGCGAUCUGGUGAUUGAUCCGGCGAUGCCAGAGAUGCUGGGCAUCGAGCGCAUCGGCCCGUCGCGGGUGUGUGACUGGUGCACGAAUACCUACGGGCUCGGGCAGGACGGCGACUCGUCGCUCUUGUCGAAUAUGAUGGGCAUGGUCGCCCGGCCGCGCCCCCCCGACGUGCCGCUCGUCGCGAGCUCGCACUCGAGUCUGCUGGAAGAGUGCCCGGUGUGCGACUUUGCGCUGCAGAUGCUCGCGACGCCCGAAGAGCGCGAGGCGCACGUCAUGCACUGCCUCGAGCACGGCGCGCCGGCCGACGCGGCGCCCCGCACGCGGUACGUCGCCUCGCGCCUCGGCGCCGACUCGAUCCUGAUCGGGACCGAGUGCAUCAUAUGCAUGGAGGAGUUUGUGAUCAAUGACUUGGUCGCGCGGCUGAGCUGCCUGUGCUGCUUCCACAAGGUAUGCAUAGACACCUGGCUGGAAAAGAGCCACGGGUGCCCGACCCAUGCGUCGAAUACGUAG